AUGGAUGCUCUUCCUCGUGCUACAGAAAAGCACAGCGCAAGUUUUGUUGGCAGCGAGCCGAACACCACCGCGCCGAAUGAGACCGGGAGCAGUGUAAACCACCCAGUUGCUUCUGGCUCCGGCUCGGUUCCCAAUCUCGGGCCUUCUAGGCCUGGUCAGCCCGAACCUUUUCCUCAACUCGGACACGUUCCCCAGUCCAAACUUGUUCAUCGGCCUGAGAUCCUAGAGGUACCGCUGGGUUACCCCCAGCCACGACAGCGAGCCUACGUUCAGUCUGCGCUCCUCGAUCAAUACGAACCUCCGCACAUGUAUCAACCUCCUGAACACGUUCGUGAGCCUGAGCCUGUUCCUCAGCCUACCUCUAGACAUGCUCCAGCUUUGCCCGAACCGACUCCACCAUUCUACUUCCCCUAUCCGCCGCUCAUCCCUGGCCUAAUGCCGCGCAUCGCAGCGACCAUCGAGGACAUGCGGGCGGGUAUUCGACCUGUGCCCGUCCAUGUCCUGAACCAGCGUCUCCGAGCGAGUAAUAACGCCCUAGAGUACGAACGUGAGCUGGAAUACCAGAAUUUUGGAUUGGCGUGUAAAAUCCUUUGGGACGUAUUUCACGACAAUGCCAUGGCAGUUCAUGCACGAGACGUGGUGGGUUGGUUGUCUGAGACUCUUCCGUAUAUGGGGCCUGAACAUCAGGAACGCCAUGCGCGAUGGGUGGCGUGGUAUCGGAGGCAGACAAUUGAGUUGAGGGGGAGGAUUCGGGAAAUGGGCAGGCGAUUUGGACUGAGUGCGUAUUUCAUGUCAGAAUACAUGUGA